AUUUCCUAAAUAUAAAAUCUUCACUUCAAACCCAAAUCGAAACUUUUUUUCUUCCUCCUCUUUCCUCGCUCCUUCUGUUUCGUCUUCGAAAUUUGCUUCACUUCUCUUCUGGGGUAUUGUUUUUGAUCUCUGUUUAUCACCUAAAAAUGCCUGCUUGGUGGGGGAGGAAGUCAAGCAAGAACAAAGAAGAGACCCAGAGUCCACAUGAGGGUCACGGUAAGUUUAGCAAAUUCUCGGGUAAAAGUAAAACUGAUGAGAUGAGGAAAGGGGAUAAGGAGAGUCCGAGAAGCGUCGACGAGGGGAUUAUCACGCGGAAUUCGCCGCGUUGCAGCAGGGAUUUUGGUGUUGGUGGAUCGUCCGGGUUCUUGGGUUUUGAUUCGGAUUCUGCGGAAAAGCGAAGGCAUCCUCUACCUAGACCGUCGGUCUCGUCGAUGCAGAGUGAUCAUGGGAUCGGGCUGGGAUCCGCCUCCGUUUCUGUCUCUAGUGUCAGCUCUUCUGGGUCAUCUGAAGAUAAUCAGAUUGUCAACGAUCAGGCUCAAUUCGGUGCCCACAGGUCAUAUGUUGAUUCCAGGGGCCAUAGUGAAAUCAGGUUUAAUUCGAGGGCUAGAAGCCCUGGUUCAGGGCCAAGAGGACCUACCAGCCCAAAAUCACCUUUACAUCCACUGUUGUCUGGAUUGAGUCUCGAGUCACCUACAGGGAAACAAGAAGAUGGGAAAUCUCAAAGUCACCGGCUGCCUCUUCCACCAGGUUCUCCUAGUAGUCCCUCCUUGCCUAGUUCAAGAACUUUAGGAGUGAGUGAUGGUACAUCUUGUGCUCUAUCCAAAUGGAGAAAGGGGAGGCUCUUAGGAAGGGGAACGUUUGGGCAUGUUUAUGUUGGAUUUAACAGUGAAAGCGGGCAAAUGUGUGCGAUAAAAGAGGUCAGGGUUGUUUCUGAUGACCAGACAUCAAGAGAAUGUCUCAAGCAAUUAAACCAGGAGAUAAAUUUAUUGAGUCAACUUCAUCAUCCAAACAUUGUUCGAUAUUAUGGUAGUGAACUGGGUGAAGAAACACUGUCAGUUUACUUGGAAUAUGUCUCUGGUGGCUCAAUCCACAAAUUAUUACAAGAAUAUGGUUCCUUUAGGGAACCUGUUAUUCAAAAUUAUACCAGACAAAUUCUCUUUGGGCUAGCUUACCUGCAUGGAAGAAAUACAGUACACAGAGAUAUAAAGGGCGCAAAUAUAUUGGUAGAUCCUAAUGGUGAAAUCAAGUUGGCAGAUUUUGGCAUGGCCAAACAUAUAACAGCUUCUUCAUCUAUGCUUUCAUUUAAGGGAAGUCCUUUCUGGAUGGCACCAGAGGUUGUAAUGAAUACAAAUGGAUACAGUCUUGCAGUGGAUAUAUGGAGCUUGGGAUGUACUAUUCUUGAAAUGGCAACUUCAAAACCACCUUGGAGCCAGUAUGAAGGGGUGGCUGCAAUAUUUAAAAUUGGAAACAGCAGAGAUGUUCCAGAGAUUCCUAAUCAUCUUUCUAAUGAUGCAAAAGAUUUCAUCAGGUGUUGCCUGCAAAGAGAGCCAUCAUUGCGUCCUGCAGCUGCAAAAUUGCUAGAACACCCCUUUGUUUGCGACCAAGCAAUUACAAGAAUAGCUAACAUCAACGUAACCAAGGAUGCGUUUCCUUACUCUUUUGAUGGGAGCAAAACACCGCAGCCAGCAUUAGAGCUUCACUCCAACAGAACAAAUCGCAUCUCAUUUGAUGGAGAUUAUGGGACAAAGCCAUUUGCCACAACCUCAAGAACUUCUAGGAGUCCAAUGGAUAAUGCAAGAAUGAUCACGUCACUGCCUGAAUCUCCAUGUUCAAGCCCCUUAAGAUAUGGACCAGCACAUAAGAGCUGUGUUCCUUCUCCUCCCCAUCCAGCUUAUCAUUUGGCAGGACAAAGCAGUUACAAUUUGAGUGACUUCUCAGGAUAUACAACCAGACCAUACACAAGAUAUACUCAUGAUUUUUCGCACGAAACUUCUCCACUGAGAAUUCAAACACCUGGCACCCCGCCAAGAACAAGACCCAUUUGAGUCCUUGUAAAUACACCGAAGGACAAAUAUCUUUUCCUGAGUCUUCCCAAUAUGCUUGGAGGAGUUGAAGUACACUUCUCAUGGGUAAAGUAUCCUUCUUUCCAAGUAAAUUUCACAGUAUACAAAUUCCCACCCCGUGAAUGAAGUGAUUGAAUUUUCCCUCUGACGGCUGCUACUUGAGAGUAGGACAUUAUUGUGGAGUACUGAACCUUUGCUGCUCAGGAGAGAUGCCGGAAUUCUUGGUAUUCUUAACUAUCUGUUGAUUAUUGUAUGGGGAAGGCAUCGACUGUUUGUAAGUUGUAACAUUCACAUUGUAUACUAGUUCAUGUCUUAAAUACCGUUAUACUUUCAGCUAGAUGUAGAACUGUGCUCGUGUUCUUCCUCAAGGUCACACUCUCCAUUGUAGAACAUACAAUAAACUAUUCAUUUCUAGCAUGUUGUGUACACUGAAGUCUUCUCAAAUGUG